UCUCGUUUCCUCCGAAUCACGAUCUCGCAACCGCCUUUCGAGGUUGAACGAACAAAACCCUGGAACUAUCUUGAGGAAGUGAAGUCAGUAUUACCUAAAAUGGAAUCUCAAAAAAGCAAACCUGAAUCAGGACUGCUGCCAACUCCUGUAAAUCCAGUCAGCACUUCUUGUCGAAAGAAAAAGUCAGACGAUGCCAGUUUCUUAGCAGAUUUAAGGGAUCAUAUUGAUGAGUUUGUGAAUGCUUCUAUGGACGAACACAAAACUUGUUUCAAAAACACCAUUCAGAAGAUGUUUGGAAUGUCGAAGGCUGUUGCGGAAAAGAAUAUAGGUGCCAAAGAAGUUGAGAGUGUUCUGCCCCUUCAAACAACUCUAUCCGACUAAAGAAAUCUCUCCCAGUUAAUAUAGUCAAAGAUUUGGGGUCAGGUUUAUUGUUGCACUGCAGAUGGUGGUAUGUAUGCAUCAUCUAGUUUUAUCCACUUUUUUAGCUUAAUUUCUGUACUUUUUAGUUCUAGAGUUACGGUCUCGGAAGCUUACAGGCCUCGACCAAAUAAAUGUGGAAAUAUAUAGUUGUGCUUGUAAUGUGGUUCACCUAGAAGGUAGAAAUGUUGGAAUGAGUUUGUCAAGACACCAAUGCGUAGCGAUUUUUGAA